CACUCCCUCCUCUCGAGUCUUCUCUUUUUUUCCACAGAAAACAUGCAGGGAGGAGCGGAGGAGGAGAGAAGACGGAACGCGUCGGAGGCGACAGGAGAGAGAGGAAGCAGAGAAAGUUGAUAGGAGCGAGAGGGCGCGAGGAGAGGAGAGGAGAGAGAGGGGUCGAGCAGAUGGGAGGAAGGAAGGAAAGGAUCUCUCCGCGGGCUCAAGUGCGCGAUUAAAGGAUCCUGCACAAAUAAACAAAUGAAUAUGUGAACAUAUGAACCAAAAGGCUAGAGUAAGAAGGGGAGUUCGAGGCGCGUCACCGCGUUGCUGCGUGGACGCGGACAAGACAGCGGCGUUGCGCGCUGAAACGGCAAACUUCUGUCUUUCUCUCUGUGGAUUUUACUCCUCAUGUUCUCCAAACUUCUGCUGAGGUUCACUAACUUUUAAGGUCGCUGUCUUGAAAAGUUUCCCUCCCCCUUGUCUUUCAAUUAACCCUCUCCCCGGAAAAGCAAAAAAAAAAAAAAAAAAGUCCGGGGUGGAAGUGGAGGAAGGACGGAAGAGCUUUUUUUUUGUUGUUCCUUCCGAGCAGUCCAGCUCGCCGUAGCCGGGGUUUAGGCGUUGGCAACCCGGGCAGGGAGUCCCUCGCCAUGGCCGGGGCCAAGCCGGGAGUCCACGCGCUGCAGCUCAAACCCGUGUCCGUCCACGAAGCUCUGAAGAAGGGGGGCAAGUUCAUCAAAUGGGACGAGGAGCCCAACAGUGGGCACCCCACCCUGGUAACCCUGAAAGUUGACCCAGAUGGAUUUUUCCUCUACUGGACCGGAGGCUCAAACCUGGAGGUGGAGACUCUGGACAUUGCGACUAUCAGGGACACCAGAACAGGAAAAUACGCCAAACAACCAAAGGACGCAAAGCUCCGCGAGGUGCUCGGCUUCGGGAAGGCCGACAACGUGGAAGGGAAGCUGGUCACCGUGGUGCAUGGCAACGACCUGGUCAACACCUCCUUCCUUAACUUCCAGGCUAUGCAGGAAGAUACAGCCAAGAUUUGGACGGAUGAGCUGUUCACUUUGGCCACUAACAUUCUCUCCCAGAAUGCAUCGCGGAACACCUUCCUCCUCAAAGCGUACACCAAGUUGAAGUUGCAGGUGAAUCAGGACGGGAAGAUUCCUGUGAAGAAUAUUCUCAAGAUGUUUUCAGAUAAAAAGCGAGUGGAGACAGCUCUGGAGCAGUGCGGCCUCGUAAAUAACCGGGCGGAGGGACUCAAGCCAGACGAUUUCACGUGGGAGGCCUUCCAGAAGUUUCUUGCCAGCCUCUGUCUCCGGCCUGAGAUACAAAGCAUCUUUGUGGAAAGUGGCUCGAAGGGGAAGCCUUUCAUCUCUCUGGACCAGCUGAUGGACUUCAUCAACCGCAGGCAGCGAGACUCCCGACUGAACGAGGUGCUGUACCCACCGCUGAAGAUAGACCAGGUCCGACAGACCAUGGAGAAAUACGAGACCAACGCCAGCCAGCUGGAGAGAGACCAGAUCAGUCUGCAGGCUUUCACUCGCUAUCUGGGAGGAGAAGAAAACAGCAUCGUCCCUCCAGAGCGGCUGGAUGUCAUCGACGACAUGAACCAGCCGCUGUCGCACUACUUCAUCAACUCCUCGCACAACACGUACCUCACGGUGGGUCAGCUGACCGGCCUGUCGUCGGUGGAGAUGUACAGGCAGGUGCUGCUGACCGGCUGUCGCUGUGUGGAGCUGGACUGCUGGAAGGGCCGGCCGCAAGACGAGGAGCCCUACAUCACCCACGGGUUCACCAUGACCACUGAGAUCCCUUUUAAGGAGGUGAUCGAGGCGAUAGCAGAGAGCGCUUUCAAGACCUCGCCGUACCCCGUCAUCCUGUCCUUCGAGAACCACGUCGACUCAGCGAAGCAGCAAGCCAAAAUGGCCGAGUACUGCAGGACCAUCUUUGGAGACGCUCUGCUCAUUGACCCUCUGGAGAAAUACCCGCUGGAUCCCGGUCAGCCUCUCCCCACGCCGCAGGAGAUGCUCGGAAAGAUUCUCAUUAAAAACAAGAAGAAGCACCACCACCACCACCGACCCUCGAGCGGCGGCAGCAUACGACGCAGAGAGCAGGAGGAGCAGUCGUCGCCCCACAACGAUUGUCCUUUAAAUGAGAGCGAGGCGGGUCAGCUCUUGUCCAACGGGGAGGAGAAACUGGCUGAGAGGAUGGUCAAAGAAUCGGAGCCUCGCAAGUCCAUAGGAGGAGAAGGAGAAAGCGAGGAGGAUGAGGAGGAUGAACCAGUGACCGAACUGAAAAAGCCGAACUCUGAUGAGGGUACAGCCAGCAGUGAAGUGAACGCCACAGAGGAGAUGUCCGGCCUCGUCAACUACAUCGAACCUGUCAAGUUCAAGAGCUUUGAGGUGGCAAACAAGAGGAGGAAGUUCUUUGAAAUGUCCUCAUUCGUGGAAACCAAAGGCAUGGACACCCUGAAGAGCUCCCCCAUCGAGUUUGUGGAGUACAAUAAGAAUCAGCUGAGCAGAAUCUACCCUAAAGGAACCAGGGUGGACAGCUCCAACUACAUGCCUCAGCUCUUCUGGAAUGUGGGCUGCCAGAUGGUGGCGCUAAACUUCCAGACCCUGGACCUCCCGAUGCAGCUGAACAUGGGUGUGUUCGAGUACAACGGCCGCAGCGGCUACCUGCUGAAGCCCGAGUUCAUGCGCAGGACGGACAAACACUUUGACCCCUUCACGGAGAACAUAGUCGACGGGAUAGUCGCCAACACCGUGAAGAUAAAGGUGAUCUCGGGACAGUUCCUGACCGAUAAAAAAGUGGGCGUGUACGUGGAGGUGGACAUAUUUGGACUUCCUGCUGAUACGAAGAGGAAGUACAGAACUAAAACAUCCAAUGGGAACUCGCUGGAUCCUGUUUGGGACGAUGAAAUGUUUGUGUUUAACAAGGUGGUCCUCCCGACACUGGCCUCUCUGAGGAUGGCAGUGUUUGAAGAAAAUGGCAAGUUUAUUGGACACCGGAUUCUCCCUGUGUCAGCCAUUAGACCUGGCUACCACUACAUCAACCUGAAGAAUGAGCUCAACCAGCCCCUUCUCUUGCCCACUCUGCUGGUUUACACCGAGGCUCAGGACUACAUCCCCAAUGAACACCAAGAGUACGCUGAGGCUCUGACCAACCCCAUCAAGCACAUCAGUCAGCUGCACAAGAGAGAGACACAGCUGGCUGUGCUCAUAGAGGAUAACAGUGAGCACGUCCCCAACCAGCCCAACGAGGGAGACACCAGGAGAGACAGUGAAGUUAUUCCAGGAUGUCAACUACCCCCCCACUUCCACACCCAGCACAUGGGCUCAUUGGAUGACUGCCCUGCUGACAUCAUUAAGUUACCUGCACCAGUUCAGUGUCCAAAGGAAGACCUCAUAGCCAGUGUUCUGGCAGGCGUCCAGGCUCAGUCGAUAGAGGAGCUGAAGCAGCAGAAGCACUACCUGAAGCUGCUGAAGAAACAGAGCAAAGAAGUCAAAGAGCUGCGCAAGAAACACCUCAAGAAGGUGUGGAAUCUGAGCAAGGAGCAGAAGAGUCGGAGUAGCCAGGCUCAAUCUGACACCCAGAGGAGACGGAGUCAGAUGGAGAAAAACCUCAAACGUAGCAUCAGGAAAAACGAACCUCAUGAGCCGGUGCAGCGUGAGCUGACAGAGCUGGAUCAGGAGAUUGAGAAGCAGAGUGUCCAGCUGAGGGAAUGGCAGAUGCAAGAGCUGCUGAUGCUCCGACAGCAGCUUCACACACUGGAGAGGCAGAAGCAACAAACACACCUGCAGGAGGCCAUCCAGAAGUUAAAGGAGACGGCGCAUGAAUGCCAAGCAGCUCAGCUGAAGAAGCUCAGGGAGACCUGCGAAAAGGAGAAGAAAGAGCUCCAGAAGAUCCUGGACAGGAAGCGACAAAACAGCAUCAGUGAAGCUAAAAGCCACGAGAAAGACAAGGCUGAGACGGAGCUGAAUGAGAUCAACAGGAAACACAUUCAAGAUUCUGUCUCCUUAAUCCGCAGGCUGGAGGAGGCUCAGACCAGGAGACAGGACAAGCUGAUGCUGAGGCAGCGGGAGAUCGUGCAGCACAUAGAUGAGGAACUUCCUCUGCUCCGGUCUCAGCUGGAGAGAGAACUGGAGGAGGAGUGUGAGAGACUACCCGAGGAGAUCUGCCAGCACCUGCACUUGGAGCUCCAGAACAAAGGUCUCCGAAAGGACGCCCUGUGCUCUUCUUUGUCCAAUAACAGCAGCCCCAGCUCUGGCUCGGGCCCGCCCUCCAACUGCUCCACGCCCUCGUACCCGUCAACACCUAAUCGCGUCACCUGGAACAGGAGCAUGGACAAUAGCACAGCCUCAUUGGCCGAUUCCACUUCCUCGUCCACCACCCCGGUCCUGUCGGAGGCGGAGAUGUCGUUCAGUUAAAAUCAUUGCUUGUAAAAAUCUAAAUACAUUCAACAGGGGUCUAUAAUGAUUAUACUGAGGGAUAGUACUGAUAUUAAUUAUUAACUAAUUUUAUUCCUUUUUUUUUUUAUUACAGACUGUUUUGUUCUUGUCUACAGAGCUUUAUUGUUUUUACGUAGCUGUUUUUGUCAGAUGACACAUCAUGCCUUUUAUUGGAAGAAAUCAUAACCAAACUUUUUUCUUUUUUUUUUUUUUUUUUUUUACAUUUUCUUUUGUCUUUGUUUUGCUUUUAAUGUCAUAUCCUUGGAUACUUUUUUUUUCUCCCUUAUUUCCACUCUGGUUUUUCCACAACACAAGCUCCAUGUUCACACUGUUUUCCCUAAAACUUUCUGUUUGUAAAAACUCAAACCUUCUUUUUUUCACACUUUUUUCCCGCGGGGUAAGAAAUGGCUGCCUCACAAGCAAUUACCAUAGGGGUAAGAUAUUUUGAUAUUUUUUUGGUAGCACUAAUUCACCAAUGAGAUUGUUUCUAGGGGGCGUCAUGUCCUACUAAUAGAUGGGAAAUAGUAAAAAGGAAAUCCUUAAGGGUAUGUAUUAGUGCUGCAAAUAAAUGUCAAUGUCACAUUUUACCACUUUAUCAAGUAAAAAUGAUCAAAGAUAGAAAAGUCAAAAUUCUGUAUCAGGUAGGAACGUGAAGGGAAAGAGGGCUGAUUUAUAAGAGUAGAGGCGUUUAAGCUGCAGUUUUUAGCUGUAAUGGCAGCAGCUGACCAGUAAGCGGUGCUGCAGCAUUACCUUUUUUUUUUUAUUUUUUUUUUUUAUUUUUUUAAAUGGAUUUUUUCAGCUUUUCAUUCAUCUAGCUUGAUUCUAUCGACCUGAACCUGAACACACACUCGAGCACACAACCGUCGCAGAAGGAAGUGCAGGGUCAUUGGUCAGUGUAACGGCCCUGACCUGUAACCUCCAAUCAAAAUCCAGCCAAGGUUGCAUGAGGGGCGUUAACCAGACAUCAAUCUGUCCAGAAAGGACCGUCUCUCCGUGUGGUAAACAAGGGAGGUUUAAAGUAAUAUAUUUUCUCACACAGACUUGUAUGUUCUACUGAGGCGUUUAUGAAUGUUGCAUCCAAACAUUGAGGUAUGUGUGCAUGUUACACACAUAGUCACAGCUUAUUGGUUCCAAGGCUAAACAACUCUAAAAUCCUCUUUGCAUUCAAUCUUACCCGACCACAUACACACAUUAAGAAAGAACCACAACAUUGUACCACUAUUGCAGAUGACUUAACUCGGGGUAUGGGUGUCAGUGUGUGUGUGUGUGUGGCCAGAAGUUAAUCUCUUGAUGAGACAUCUGCUUUUUGGGGAGAGUAAUACUUCCUGCUUAAUGGAAAGAGCCUGCUAAGUGUGUGUGUGUGUAUGUGUGUGUGUGUGUGAGAGGGUCCAUGGAGCAGUUCGUUUGCCACUUUUGCUGCCUGGGGAAGGACUUAAUACAUUCUUUUUAAAUAGAAACACCACUGUAGGAGAAGGUCUUUACACGAUGAUUUAAAGCUGCACUAUGACAUUUUAAUUUAACACUGCACUCACAUUCUUAGUCCAAAUCGCCAAAUGAGGCCAACGCAUGAGGGUAUUCCUUCCUCUUUUAACUCUAAACCUGUAGAUUUUAUUCCGUUUGACAAGUUUUUAAUGUUUAAGCGUUAGCUAGUGUAAUGUGGUUGACACCUUAAAAUGCCACCACUUAGGUAAAAGUUAACCGUAAGUCUACAGAAGUCAGUUUUCUGAUGCGUUAAUUGAACUGAAGCCUCAAAAUUCAGAGUUACCUCUUGAUUUCAUCCAGGGCUAUUAUAUCGUGCUUUAAAAAAAACAGUGUUCUUGUUUCUAGAAAGAUUAGGACACAUGGAAACAGAUAGUGUAAAUGUCAUUUAAGUGUGAAUAUGCUCUUUUAAAUAUGCCAAACAGGUCCCUCAGUUUUUUUUUCAUACUAUAUUCUAGACAAAGCUUUUAAUUCUGCAUUAAUGUGCACAAUCUUAACGGUACUUUAAUUUAAAAUUCUGUGUUUAUGUCAGUGCUGCCUCGCCCUAUUUUUAUCCAUUACUGGAGAUUUCUUUAAGGCAAAAAUGUCAAGUUUUUUUUUUUUUUUUUCCUUGUCUUGCCGAAAGGUUAAUGAUGGCACUCUGUGUUUAUGUGUUCUGUGUAUAUGUUUAGUUGAAGGUGACUUUUUACUACUGACCAAAAGUGCUGAAGAGGGACGGAGGUGGGGAGAAGUGGAGGAGGGUUGAUGGAGGAGAUGAGAAUGAAUUUUUCAAAAAGGGAUUCCAACAACAGAUAUUUUUAGGUGAGAUUCUUGUGUUGCCUUCUCACACCUCCCUCCUUCAAAGAGCGCUGGCUGCCUGUCUGUCUGAGAAUUUCCCCAUCGCGCACACAGCCUUUGUAAACUAUCAUCUGUUUCAAUGACAUUUUAACAACUUUUCUGUCUGUGGUUGUUUUAAUCUAUCCAUUCAUUCAAUAAUCUGAAUGAAAGAUCCCCACUUUGUUCACCUCUGGCUGUGCUGCACUCUUUGUCUGCAUUAUGUACACGUGUAUGUUCUGCUUACCAAGUUCGGUCACUUUACAGUGUUAGUUUAAAACGUGGAGAUGACAUUGUAAGUGCCACCACUCUACUCAAAUCAAAAGGUUUAUUUUAGGAGUUUUGAUACAGUCCUUGCAGGCUGUCUGGGUUUUCGACCCAUGGCGGUCAAAGCCGAUCCAAGUCCAGUGUUCAGUAGUUAAUGUGACAUUUGUAAGAUCUGAACAUUAAUCACCAGGUACUCCGAUGUUUUUCCAUUCUUAACAUCCCAUAUCAAUGCAGUCCCUUUUCAAGUUUGAAUGCACUUUUUUUUCCAUUCUGUGUUUUUGUCGCCUGUUUUUGUCUUUUGUUCCUGUGACAUGAACAUCAAUACAACCACUUCCAAAUGA